AUGGCCAAUUCUAUUGUUGGCGAUGACUAUGAGCUAAGUCGUGUCCAUACAAACGACGAGCACGGCCAUGGAGAGGACCCUAGGAACUCAAUUGAGCAAACACUGCCUCCAGCAGACUAUGGACGCGGUGCCUACGUCGCUCUCGCAUGUUGCACAGCUGCUCAAGCUCCUAUCUGGGGGUAUUCUGUCUCCUUCGGCAUCUUUCAAGAGUAUUACAGUAAUCCCGAUCAUGGCAUAGACGCUUCUCCCGGAGCCAUUGCCACUGUCGGAUCCGUGCAAAUGGGAGUCAUGUAUCUGUUGAUGCCCGUCGCAUUCGUGAUACUGAGCAAAUAUCCGUACCUACGACGCUGGUGCGGUCCUUUGGGGCUCGCUCUCACCGUUAUAAGCCUGUCUGCCUCUGCUUUUGUUAGCAGCAUUGCCGGUUUGAUCGCGACACAAGGCGCUCUUUACUCAAUUGGCUGCGGGCUUCUCUUCAGUCCAAUUUCUCUCUAUAUGGACGAAUGGUUUGUCCACCGCAAAAGUCUGGCCUACGGCAUUAUGUGGUCGGGAAAGUCAUCAGUUGGCGUCGCCAUGCCUUUUCUGUUCAGUCUGCUACUACGAAAGUUCGGCCUCCGCGCAACAAUCCUUUCCUGGGCUAUAGCUUCCGCGCUGUUGACGGUGCCAACUCUCUUCUUUCUUAAGCCGCGCAUUCCGCUGUCUACGGUAUCUCGCGCCCGGCCACUCUCCUUUGCCUUUCUCCGCCAUACUUCAUUCUGGAUGAUGCAAUUUGGUGUUGUCGUCCAAUCACUUGGAUAUCUAAUGCCCAGCACAUAUGUGGCUUCUUAUGCAUCUGCUAUCGGUCUGUCUUCUGUUACGGGCCCUAUCUUGCUUGCCGUUUUCUCCACGGCUUCGGUGCCUGGAUCAUUGGUCCACGGCAUGCUCGGCGACAGAUUGUCCGCGACCAAACUCGUUCUUCUCUCAUCUUUCGGUAGUGCUCUUCCAGUCUUUCUUCUGUGGGGGCUCGGUCGUCAUCUAAGUACUAUGAUUGCUUUUGUUAUCCUCUACGGCUUUUUCGCGGGCGGAUUCAGUUCUACAUGGUCUAGUAUGACUGAAGAGAUCAAAAGAGAUGAUCGAGCUGCAGAAACUUCUCUAGUGUUUGGUCUCCUGCUUGGCGGAAGGGGGCUGGGCUUUUUAAUUUCCGGACCAUUCUCCGGAUCUCUUUUAUCCAUUAAAGACUUACUCACGGAAGAACCAUUGGGAUAUGCGACUAAAUAUGGUCCUAUGAUUCUCUGCACUGGUAUUACGGCUGUUCUGGGAGCAUGGGCUCCGUUAUGGAAGGGCGCAAGAAUUACAGGCAGAGCGACUCUCACAACUUGCUCAGGUCUAUUUAUUGCUACUUCGUAG